AUGGCUGCAAAACAUGGCUUAUUGCCUCACCUGCAACCGGGCGAGGUGACUUUACUGGACUACGCUGCGGAUGACUCUCGCGAUGUCGUGACUUUAUCGGACAAGGAGGCUCUGGUGCUCCAGCUCUACAGCCGGAUCCAGGAACAACAACUGGAGAAAGCUGUGCUCGAACAGAAUUUGGAAUCGCUUUCCGGCGAAAAUGCAGAAGAGCAGCUCGCGAUCGCGGAACGUGAACUCUUGGAGGCGCGAUCUACCUACACGGUCAGGAGGAAGGCAGUCCACACGAUCCUCAUGACCGACCCGAUUCUCAAAGCCGUUCACCUGAAGGCUACAACCCCUGCUGAAAGAGCACUUCUUCGUCUGGUGAACCGACGCGACGUGCUCGCGCUUGCACAUGAGAACCUAGCCUCGGCACAUGACCUAGUGCUGAGACAGCUCUCAAACCUGCAAGUAGAAAAUCUACAGAUCAAUCGCGAGAACCAGGAGCUGGUGCGACAGCUACUAGAGCUCACUAAACAGGAUUCAUCGUGGCGAGAAAAACUUGACGAUCCCGAGCUCUUGUCGCAACUGGAUGAGCUCGAAGUGGAUCUGAAGGGGCGCAAGGCGCACUGGGAGACUAUGAAGAAUAUCGCUAGCGCGGUUGUUGUCGGAAGUGGACUAGACUGGGCAGAUGAUGAUAAGCUUCGCGCGCUGGUGCUGGAUGAAAGUGAUGAUAUCUGA